AUGGCGCUAUGCGCCCUUUUGAUUCGACCGGUGAUAUCGGACUGCUUAACUUCUUUUGAUCCCACAGUGGAUUAUUUUCCUAGCAAAAUUGAUGUCGGUCAAGCCGUUUCCGGGUUCGUGGUAACCUAUUUUAACUCAUACAAAGUUGUCACAAACACCCGUGCCGGAGAAAACUAUGUACUUUAUUGCACCGCUGCUCCGCCUAACGUUUCCGACGUAGUUGCUGACGUCAAGGGGUUCUUCCAGGUGCCGGUGAGGAAUGUGGCGAGUUUGGACCAGACCACUCUCACAUUCUUGGAAAUCAUUGGAGCUCAAUCUUCGCUACAAUAUGUUGAGGAUGAGCACAGUAUCACAUCACCAUGUCUGCAAAAAGAUCUCGCAAUACAACCUUUUAAUGAUUCCGACUUGGCGAAUGUCGAUAUCGUGUUCUCUAACUCCAUUGUAUAUAAUGCAAGUAAAUACGUGACUGUUUCCCUGGGUGAUGACCUCUCACCUUUAUCGAAUGCGAAUUGGGUGAAAUUUGUUUCGCUCUUCUUCAAUCUCGAGGCGACGGCAAACAGCGCUUAUUCUUCCAUGGAGGCAGCGUAUUCUUGCAAUGCCAAUAACGUGGCUAAUGUCACGGAUCGAAAGACAAUUGUCUGGGUAGCUUAUGAUUUUAAUAGUGGGAUGUUUACCAUCGACACGGACAAUUUUUACUCCUCGUUGGUCAUCGAUGCAGGGGCCAACUCGCCGGACAUUAUCAGCGGUUCGUUAAACAUGAGCGACUUGCAUGAAAUUAUCAACAGCGCCUACAUAGUCAUAGAUCAAACCAAUUUCACCACUGGCAAUGACACGUUUGAAACCUGGCAAAGCCUUUUUGGUUAUUAUGCAACAUCGACUAGUUCAUCGGUACCCGAUUUCAUCACCUAUCGACGCGUAUACCAUCCCAAAAAACUCAUAAACACUUAUGGAUUCGAUGAUUGGACCGAGAGAGUUCGUGCUCGUCCCGACCUCGCCAUACUUGAUUUAAUUGCCAUUCAAUAUCCAACAUAUCUCACUUCGUACAGUACCACAUGGCUAGACAAUUUUUCACAGUCUGAUCAGCCCAAUGUUAUUACCAUGGCCGAUUGCACAACCGAUAAUCAGACAGUGCUCACUUGUGAACCACAACAGUUCACCGGUGGUCAAACUAACAACCCAACCGACAAGACCGGGGGUAACAAUAAACUACAAACAAAAGCCAUAUUGAUCAUCGCGUUUAGCGUUUUGGCGGGAUUGCUGGGAGUCACGGCCGGUAUCUGUUUAUUGGUAUUUGCGAGAAGAAGAUAUGAAGAAAGAUUUUUGGAGUUGAAGGAUGAGCCGGAAGUUCAGAAGGAGAAGGCUGAUGAAAAUAAAGUUUAA